AUGGCUGAAUCUUUACUUGGUCUUGUUUCAACUAUCUCGAUGAAGCUAAUUCAACUUGCUGCUGAGCAGAUGGCUCUUCCUUGGGGUGUUUAUGAAGAUCUCCAAAACCUUUCUAAGAAACUAGAGAUGAUUCAGGCUGUGCUGGCUUAUGCUCAGAACAAGGCCCAUGGUCAAGGAAAGACAACCCCGGCUCAACUGGUGUACAAAAACGAUAAGGUGAUGAGGAGCUUUGAUGAAAGAAUGUGGCUUAGCGUAUCUGAUGAUUUUGAAGUGGAAAGGCUGUUGAAUGAGAUGCUGCAGUCCUUGAAGGGAACCAACCUUGAGAUGACAAACAGAGAAGCAAUUGUAAGAGGCUUCAAGAACAUUUAUAAGGAAAAAAAUUCCUUGCUUGUGCUUGAUGAUAUUUGGAAUGAGAAUCGAGAGAAAUGGGAAUGCAUGAGAAAGUGUCUACUAGAAACAGGGGGUUCUGAAGGAAGCAGGAUUUUAGCUACCACACGCAGUGAGGUAGUUGCUUCAACAAUGCAAACUGCUGAAUCUCAUCGGCUUGAGAUACUGUCGGAAACGGAUACUGUAGCUGGGAAGUAUUUAAGAAAAUUGCAUUUACCAAGGUGUGGAGCGAACCAGACGGCAAUAAAGAUAUAA